AUGGACGGAACGAAACCAGCCAUGGAGUCCAACGCUGAGGAGAACCAGGACGAGGGACAGGAGAGCAAAGGAUGUUUCGAGUGCUGCAUCAAGUGUCUGGGAGGGGUGCCCUACGCCUCCCUCGUGGCCACCAUCCUGUGCUUCUCUGGGGUCGCCCUGUUCUGUGGCUGCGGACACGUGGCUCUGACCGGGACCCUGACCAUGCUGGAGACCCACUUCUCCAGAGUGUCCAGCGACCAUGAGACCCUCACCUUCGUAAUCCAGAUCUUUCAGUACAUCAUCUACGGCAUCGCGUCCUUCUUCUUCGUGUACGCCAUCGUGCUGCUGGGGGAGGGCUUCUACACCACCGCCGCCAUCAAGAAGGAACUGCAGAGCGACUUUAAGACCACAGUGUGCGGCCGCUGCAUCACGGCCUUUUUCAUGUGUGUGACCUACCUGCUGUUCCUGUGCUUCCUGGCCAUCGUGGGCUUCACUGCCGUCCCUGUGUACCUCUUCUUCAACAUGUGGAGCACCUGCGGAGCCAUGAAGAACCCGGACGCCAACAUCACCAACCCAGACGACAUCUGCGUGGAUGUCCGGCAAUACGGCUUCAUCCCCAUGAACGCCACGCCGGGAAAGGCCUGCGGGGCCACGCUGGGAGAGAUCUGCAACACCAGCGAGUUCUACCUGUCCUACCACCUGUACAUCGUGGCGUUGGCCGGAGCCGGGGCCACCGUCAUCUCUCUGAUCCACUACCUGAUGAUCCUGUCGGCCAACUGGGCGUAUCUGAAGAGCGCCGUGUCCACACACGAGUACCAGGACAUCAAAACCAAGGACGACCAGGACAUCGAGGCCGAGGCGCGCUCCAAAGAGGGCCAGAACUCCUCCUACUCGUAA